UUUUUCGAAGACGAAUAUCUCAAGAUCAGUAUUUUUAAGCUACUUAAUAGAAUUAAAAUUGAAGUAUUUUCUAAUAGAAGAGCAUGAAAGUUGUAAAAUAAUUGGAAUGCCUCCUUGAGUACUCUUAAUUCCUUUUACAUGCUCAUUAUUCUCUCACCAACUAUCAGUAGGCAGAAGCUGUUCAGUUCACGACGAUCGAUCCAUGACGGCUAUAGUUAGUUCGUGUUUAUUCAUAAAAUAAUAGAUCCAACCUAGUUGAAAUAUGUUUGAUAUCUUUGAAUUUAUUUUUUGCUGAAAAGCCAAUAAUGGAGUAUUUGUACGAAUUAUACUAGAACCAUGAGUGUUGAAAGUGACUUUAAAACUUCAAACAUAAAUACGAAUACCACUACCAAUCACCAAUGUGAAAGUCAAGUCUCUCUAUCAGAUGAUGAAAAAAGUUUGAUUAACAAACAGCAGCAGGAAAUUGAAGAGCUGAAGAACAAAUUGGAAUCUGUCAUGAGUGAAAGAAAUAUGCUACUGUGUGAAGUGAGUCGACUUAAAUUUGAACUCGAAAUAGCUGAUUUGAAAAGGAUUCAUGAUGACAGAGGUGGUACGUUUGUCAAGGAGAGGAAUCAUCAUCAAGGCUACAUCAAUGGAAACAUGCACGGUAGCAAAGAGAGCGAUGAUGCAAACGAUCUAUCAAUGCCACCUAGUAAUGUUUUUCCGUGUCAUAUGUGGUCUUCACAAGGACUUAUGAAGAAAGGGUCAGUAAGGAAUAAUGGUGAUGUCCUCAAAAGAUCCAGAGUACAAAGUAAUGUUUAUGAACUUUCUCAAGAUCUUCUAGACAAACAGAUUGAACUGCUUGAAAGAAAGUACGGAGGUGUGAAAGCGCGCAAUGCAGCUCUUACAAUACAGCGAGCUUUCCGACAUUACACCUUGCUUAAGAAGUUUGCAGCGAUUACGGCAAUGGCCAAGGCUGAGAAAAGGCUGAGUAGACGUCUGGUGGGAUUUGCCGAAGAUGAAUCAUCGAAUAGUGCGGGCACUGGAGCAAGUGAAACCCCCCCGCAACACCAUCCCAUGCCGGUGCGGUCCAUGUCCAUGAGAGAGAGGGAACGUGCACCCCCAACCACCACUCCUCUCAACAGUUCGUCCUCUCUCUCUCGUUCCCAUUCUGGACGCUGUGAUCUCACCUAUUACUGUGAAUAUUCGCCUCAAGAUAUCUUCACUGAAAUCAACAAGCCAUCUCGCUCUACACCUUUACUAUCGACCUGCUAUAGCGAUUCACCACCAGAUGGUAAUGAUUCAGAUGGCCUCCACAGGGACAGUUUGCAGGAAGGAUGUGUGAAAAUGAUGGGUGAUCACAAUGUUUCGAGUGAUAGUUGUCACCUCUCGCAACCUCAGCGUUAUUGUUCCCAAAAUAACAGUCGCAGCAGAAUCCCACCGGAAGUCCCCAAAAGGACAUCUUCCAUCUCUCUUCACUCCACUUCUCCAGCUUUAGCCAGAACUUCGGACAGUGGAAGUUUGUCCAGCGUUCAGUCUUCAGGAAGUGACACUACAAUCGCCGCAGCUCACCAUCCUCCUAAUUGGAAUAAGAAAAUACAAAUGGAAUCAUCUGAAGUAAAGGAACACCCUAACAACGCUGUUUAUCGAAAUGAUCAACACUCUUUCUACAAGGUUUCAGAAACUUUGAGGAAGCGUCAAUACAGAGUCGGACUCAAUCUUUUCAAUAAGAAGCCGGAAAGGGGCAUAAGUUACCUGGUAAGACGGGGUUUCCUGGAGAAUUCGCCACAAGGUGUUGCCAGAUUCCUCAUUUCAAGAAAAGGUCUCAGCAAACAAAUGAUCGGAGAAUACCUAGGCAACCUGCAGAAUCCUUUCAACAAUGCUACUUUAGAUUGUUUCGCUCAAGAAUUGGAUCUGUCGGGAAUGCAAGUUGAUGUUGCACUGAGAAAAUUCCAGACGUUUUUCCGAAUGCCAGGCGAGGCACAAAAAAUUGAACGACUAAUGGAAGUAUUUAGUCACAGAUAUUGUCAUUGUAACAGAGAUGUGGUUGCUAGGCUACGUAAUUUAGACACCGUGUUUGUCUUGGCAUUUGCAAUCAUAAUGUUAAACACAGAUCUCCACACUCCAAACUUGAAACCAGAAAGACGAAUGAAGCUUGAAGAUUUCAUCAAAAAUCUUCGAGGUGUGGAUGAUUGCUGUGAUGUGGACCGCGAUAUGCUGAUUGGAAUUUAUGAAAGAGUGAAAGCGAAUGAAUUCAAACCAGGAUCAGAUCAUGUCACUCAAGUUUUGAAAGUUCAAUCCACUAUUGUUGGCAAGAAACCGAACUUGGCACUCCCUCAUCGGCGGUUGGUAUGUUAUUGUCGGCUUUAUGAAGUGGCUGACAUUUAUAAGAAAGAACGUUCCGUACAUCAAAGAGAAGUAUUUCUAUUCAACGAUCUGCUGGUUAUAACAAAAAUAUUGAGCAAAAAGAAGAAUUCAGUUACCUAUACGUUCCGGCAAAGUUUCUCCCUGUCGGGUUUGGUUGUUUCCUUAUUCGAAGUUGCAUAUUAUCCAUUCGGAAUCCGCUUAUCGCAGCGUGUGGAUUCACGCAACCUGAUCACGUUCAAUGCUCGGAAUGACCAUGAUCGUUGCAAAUUUGCUGAGGAUAUUCGAGAGUCCAUCAGUGAAAUGGACGAAAUGGAAAAUCUGCGCAUUGAGGCUGAAUUGGAACGGCAGAAGAGCAGUAGAGGUGGAAGAUCGAGUGGCGGUGGAUCAGAGAACAGGGACAGUGGGGUGGCAGAUGUAGGGGAGGUGGUUUGCGAGGCCACGCCCACUGCCACCCCCCCUGCGCCGCCGCAACUCAAGCGGUCUGCACUCAGCAACUCUCUGCUCGAUAUUCACGACCAAUUUGUAGGGAGUGCCGAGAAGCAGAAGCAGAGACGCGGCAGUGCGGGGUCUUUGGACUCCUCUUCAGCCACAGGAACCAAACAGCAGUCAUCCUCAUUCUUGGGCAGUUUGUUCGCGAAACGCGAGCGAAAACUGUCCAAAGCAUCAGUCGCUUGCUCUGAGGAUCUUUUAGCUGCUACGCAAGUCUAGCGUUCAGAAAGGCGGGGCUUCUUUCGUCGAAAAAGUAGCGCUGCUAAUUCAACACUUUAUCGCUAAGGCGACUGGCUCAUACACUGUACAAUGAGGUCCACAUUAUCAUGGCAGUAUUUUAUUAGCAUUGGUGUUGCUAUCCCUUGUCUAUCAUUCGACAAAGCAGAUGGUGCUAUCUUCUAUCCUUUUCCACCUCCGCCACGUUGCCAGAUGGUUUAUGAACAAUGUAGAAAUAUAAUCAACCAAAAAAUAUUCAAUCUCUAUCAAGAAAAUUCAAUCAUUAAAUAUAUUUUCUUGGCGAAUGAAAUAUAAUUGAUUAUUUCAAACAAGGAUGAACAGUUGAUAUUACAUCAGAUGUACCGGUAUCUCAAUCAUGAAAAUUUAUUUAAGGUGAAAUAAAAGAUAUAUUGUCAAUUCCACAUAAUUUAUUUGAGCCAAACUGAAGUUUCAGUGGUUAUCAGAGGUAUUUUUGGUUGGACCCUGAUGACGAUGCCUCAAAUGCAUUAAAACUUUAUUUUUGCUCAAAUAAAUUAUGUGAAACUGACCACAUCUCUUUUAUUUCACCCUAAUAUGAAGCAAUAUUCACAUCUCUGUUCAUAGUGUAGAUGAAAAUAAUCGAAUAAUAUAUUUUCUUGAUAAAUAGAAUAUAAUCGAUUAUUUUCAACAAGAAUGAACAGUUAAUAUUACAUCAGAUAUAUCGGUAUCAGCUAUCCUCUAUGGAAGGCAGAAAAUCGGCGACGCUGUUCUCUCAUCUUUCUCCACUGUCAUUAUAACGUGGACCUCGUCACUGUACACACUUGAAGCUUUUCUCGUUCAACCAGCUUACAAGUUACAAGCUAACUUCAAACAACACUUGUAUGGCUGAAUUUCUCUCAAAUUGUAUACUAAUAAGUUACCAAAUGUUAUUUUUAUCAAUUCGAUCUUAUUGUGAAACGAUUUCCAUUUCUUCCUAGAAUUUUAGAUCGUUGCAAGACUUUUCUGCAGCACAUUUUCCUCACAAAUUGUUAAUAAUAUAUUAUUAUAAAAAAAUCGCAAAGUUUAUUCCAAUCCAUUAGGCCUAGUAAACAACUUAAUAUCUAAGAUAGGAAUAAAUUGAAUACUUGUUGACAAUACACAGUCCAGCAUGCAAUGUAAUUUGCGAGCAAUUAUUUUCUAAGAUUAUAUUUAAACUAGAUGGUUUUCUGCGAUGUCUACGAUAACAUUUCGCUUAAACUUUGUCAUAUAUUUUUCUCAUAAAUUUAUAAAUCAUUUGGACCUAUUGCAUUUGAAUCUACAGCCUUACAUUCUUAAUACAACAUUGCUUUAAUGAUGUUAGAUGGUUAAUUAACUGAAUAACCUAUCAUUAAUUUUGUAAAUCAUUUGGACCUAUUGUAUUUGAAUCUUCAGCUUUAAAUCCUUCAUAAAACCUUGCUUCUAUGAUGAUGAAAAGUUGAGUAACUGUUAAAAAGUGCUUCCAUCAAGGAUUUGUCAGCAUACCGCAAUGUAUUCAUAUUCUAUUGAUCAUAUAAUCAAUUGAUUUGAAAUUUUUGAUUGAAUGAUAUUCCGGGCCUUAGAACAUUCUUGAAGAUUAUUGAUCUUCUCAGGGUCACAGUUGCCUUUCAAAAUCUUCAUAUAGAUUCUGGAUCCGCAUUAAUCUAAACGACAUGAAGUUGCAAUAAAAUCGCGAAUGAGUGAGUGAUACAUCAGGGCGUAGCGCGAAAAAUUGAUAAAAUAUAGUAUAUAAUAAUUAAUAAUAGGCCUACCUCUGUCGUGGCCAAGUCUACAACUUGAUAAUAUUCUCUAUUUUCAAUUUUUAUUAUCGCCAAAGGAAUUUUCUCAUGUAGAAUAUUAGUGUUUCUCAUUAGUGUUGUUGAUUAUCAAACUGUAUUUUUACAUUGAAGAGAAUAAUAUUCUAUACACUUUACUAGUAUAGAAUAACUGUGGAUGAAUUUUGAAAUGAGAAUAUUGUACUUAUUUUCUUUGCUGUAUUUCAAUACUUUUUACACUCUAAACAUUUUUCUGGAUGUUUUUUAUGUUGACUAGUUAGGGGCAAAUUCACUUAUUGAUGUUUCAAGUUUUUGUGAUAAAUUUAACGUGUCGUUUAUGUAGAUUUAUUGAUGUCUAGUAUAAGCCUAUCUAAAAACUCAAUUUCAUGAACAUCUUAUCUGAGGUGUCUAGGCCUCUAUAAAAAGUUUCAGAAUAAUUUAUUUUCUUUUGAGAAAUUUUGUGUGCUUAGUUGCUUCAUAAGGUAAAUGAAGCGAGAAGAGCCGAACGCUGUAGUGAACUGAGGAGGUGAAGCUUUGAGGUUUCAAUAUUUAAAGAUACAGCAAAUGAUUCAUUUGAAUCGACUCAAAUGAAUCUCCAGCUGAAGGAUAAAGUGUAGGCCUAUUCAGUUUCUGGUGAAUCUAAAACUUAUUUUGAGCAUUACACGAACCCAAAGAUAACUUAUACUACUAUUGUUUAUAAGUUUGUUCUAUUCAAACAAUUUAGAUUCAAAUUUUUUUAUUCAACGAACACUUUAUUUUUUUAAAAUGAUGCUGAAAAUCAUUCGCAAUAACAAUGUUAUUUUUGUCCCUACACUUAACACGUUAGCAGCUAAAGAUUAGUUCUGAUUUUAAAAUACAAAUAAAAUAACGCGAACGAAUUAAGUUUAUGCAUAUGUUAAUAUUUUUAA